UUAAGCCAAACUUCCACUUAGAGCUUCAACCAUGUAUAAAUAAAGAGAACCAACCCCUCUUCUCCUAUGCAAUUGCUUUUCUUCAACUUGUGUACAACAACUUGUUCAUCCCUUGGUGCCAAUUGUGGUCACACCCACACCAUCAAAAGUCUUAGUUAUCAAGCGAACCAUAUUUCAACUUCCUCAAAACGUGGGUGCCUUCCCUCUUUUGCCAUAUUUCAACCAAAACCCUAUGAACCUUGUUAUCUAGCUAACUAGGGUUUACUACCAUACAAGUGUGAUUCCUUUUGUCUACAUUUACCUUUUUUUUGUCCUAUAAAACCCUAAACCAUCCUCUUCUUCUAGCAGUAGCUCAUCAUGGGAUUAUAUUUCUACACUUAUAUGCUCAUUUUCUUAAGUCUUUACAUUCAUUGUAGUACCGUCAACUCACGGUCACUUGACCACAUUUCACUGGCACCUUCUCUAGCACCCGAACCAGCUCCAUCUCCCGAAAUUCAAUUGAGUCCAAGGGUUUUUGAUGUGAGGUCGUUCGGGUCUGUUGGAGACGGUGUGACAGAUGACACAGAAGGUUUUAAGAUGGCGUGGGACUCCGCUUGUCAAAGCGAUAAACCAUCGAUCCUUCUUGUUCCAAAGCAUUAUAGUUUCUUGAUACAGUCCACAAUUUUCACUGGAAGCUGUGGAAAUAGUGUUGUCUUUCAGAUUGAAGGAACAAUAAUGGCACCAGAUGGACCAAGUGUAUGGCCAAAAGGUAUGAGCAAGAGACAAUGGCUUGUGUUUUAUAGGGUAAAUGGCAUGUCUCUACAAGGUGGUGGAGUUAUUGAUGGAAAAGGUGAAAAGUGGUGGGAUCUUCCUUGCAAACCUCACAAAGGACCAAAUGGAACAACAUUGCCCGGUCCUUGUGAUAGCCCCGUUACGAUUAGGUUUUUCAUGAGCACAAAUGUUAGUGUUAAAGGAAUUAAAGUGAAGAAUAGCCCGCAAUUCAACUUCCGAUUUGACGGGUGUAACGGAGUACAUAUAGAUUCACUGAAUAUUAAAGCCCCUUCUCUAAGUCCAAACACUGAUGGAAUCCAUAUCGAGAAUACGAACGAUGUGACGAUAUACAAUUCACUUAUAUCCAAUGGUGAUGAUUGUGUCUCAAUUGGAGCAGGGAGUUAUAAUGUUGACAUAAAGAACAUAACAUGUGGUCCAAGCCAUGGGAUAAGCAUUGGUAGCCUAGGGAUGCGUAACACCCGAGCAUGUGUGUCAAACAUAACAGUCACAGACUCUGUGAUUAGACAUUCUGACAAUGGAGUUCGAAUUAAGACAUGGCAAGGUGGGUUCGGGUCAGUAUCGAAAGUGAAGUUUUACAACAUCCAUAUGGACAAUGUUCGGAACCCGAUCAUGAUUGACCAAUACUAUUGCCAAACAAAAGGGGGGUGCCGAAACCAGACAGCAGCGGUACAUAUUUCUGACAUAAGUUAUGAGAAGAUUAGAGGAACGUACGAUGCUAGAAGCCCAGCAAUGCAUUUAGGGUGCAGUAACAGUGUCCCAUGUACAAACUUAACAUUUUAUGACGUCGAAUUGAUGCCUUCGCAAGGCCAAAUAAUGGCAACUCCGUUUUGUUGGAACGCGUAUGGCGCUCUGCAGACGCUUACUAUUCCACCAAUUUUCUGCCUGUUAGAAGGUAAUCCUGAAUCGGUUCCUGAUACGGAAAUUGAUCAGUGUUAGUUAAAUAAAUGAAUAGCAGUUUACUAUUGGAGUUUGAAUUCAAUAUCAAUAUUUGGGUGAUGUGUCAAUGCGACAAGAGAAGCUCCAUCCCUAUUAUGUUGUAAUUUGUAAAACUGAUUGAAAUAUAAAUAUUAUAUCUACCUUUCUUUACACCCAAA